UUCACGGGGUUCUUCCGUUCGACCUUGAGCUGCCUUGAUAUCCGGUAGCAUAAUAUAAGCCGGGAUGUCUUUAGUUAUUUUAGGAUUCAGAUUAAUUAACAUGAACUUUGGGAGCUCUUAGCGAUUGAGAUAUUGAUAAUAAGCUCACAUAUACUGCCGGGUGUACGAUGAGAAAUUCCUGUACAAGGAUUGUACUUGUUCAUUGUUACGUGACCAUGGCGCGUGGCAGACUGUCCUUCGCUGAUUAGAACAGUACUCUUUAGUUAACUCACUUCAAGUUUCUAAGCACGGUUUAGGAUUUUAGAAGGAAGAGUUGGUUUAUCUGUGGAUUUGUCGUAGGGAAUCUUGAAUCAUUGAGGCAAAUCAUCUAAAUUGGAAUUGCACUGGUUCAGUCUUCAGGCAGCAAACUUUACUUGUGUUAUCAAAGAGCAAGUUUUGACCGGAAAAGAUGCCAUCAACGGAAAGUUUAGACCCUUGUUAGCAAACUUUGUCUAGACGAAGUGUACAUAAACAGACCUUCAUGUAGUACGACUAGAAUAGGAUUGAGCCCACAAGCAAGAAAUCAUCUCCAGCGGUGUCAUAAAGAGAUAGUUCAAAGGAAAUUUUGUUGUAAACAAGUAAAUUACUCACUGAUCAGGAUGGCGCUGUUGACACGAAUAGUCUCCUUGCUUCUAAUGCUACAGAAUGCAUUCUACAUAACUUGUUCGGCCAACGGUUUAUCAGGGAAAAAUAGAUGUCCUCAGGAGUGUUCAUGCGAUGGCUCAAGCCUCAUCACAAUUUAUUGUGGAUUUUAUGCGGAUGAAAGCUUUCAGCUUCUACGCCAUGUUCCAAAGAAAAUCCCAACUGGAUCAGUCUUCUUGUCCCUUUAUAAUAACAUUAUCACAAACAUUUCUCAAGAAAACUUCAGGAAUUUGACUUCUUUGAAAAAUCUGAAUCUCAGAUCGAACCGGCUGACAGCGUUACCAGAGAGAGCAUUUCGUGACCUAGCAAAACUAAAGUCUCUAAAUUUAGGCGCCAAUAAGUUAUCAAUACUUCCCGACAACGCUUUCGAGGGCUUGGAAUCCUUGGAAGAGCUAUUCUUGGAUUCCAAUAAUCUUCGUGUGAUUCCCGAGACGUUAUUCAGGGGCUUGACUUCGCUUCGUCGUUUGUACCUUCACAAAAACAAGUUGAGUGUGUUCCCACAGAAAGCACUUCAGGGUGUAAUUAAUUUGAAAGGCUUUUGGUUGAAUAAUAAUUUGUUGACCCGUAUCGAAAAGGGCACGCUUAGAAACCUCACGGGCUUAGCGAUACUCUAUCUGAGUAACAAUAUACUGAGUUCAUUGGAUAAUGAUGUCUUUCACGGGAUCUCUGCUCUUAAGUUGCUUUCAGUUAGUCAUAAUAAUCUAAGUACUUUACCACAAGGGAUAUUUGAUGUUCUGCCACAAGACUCAAAAGUAUCUUUAGACAAUAACCCCUUUGUUUGUGACUGUAAGCUUCAUUGGAUCAAAACAUGGAUCACGUCCAGGAGACUUAUUUAUUAUCGCAAUGAAAUUCGUUGUCGAGCGCCAGCGGAAUUGGCAGGGCGUUCAAUAACAACUGUCCGAAAUGACCAGUUCACUUGCAGUGCAGGUGAAUGGAGUUCUUGGAGCAAAUGGUCUCCGUGUUCAAAAACAUGUGGAAAUGGUACAAGAUAUUCUGUUAGAACUUGUGUGACAACCGUCGAGGGGAAAGGCAGGGCAGAGUGUCCUGGAAAAAAUAAGAAAUGGAAAUCUUGCACUGAUAAAGUCUGUGGAAUAGAUGGAGCGUGGACCCAAUGGACUCCAUGGUCUCAAUGUUCUUGCUCAACUGGUAAAAGAUUUAGAACUAGAAAUUGCACAAAUCCUGCUCCACAGUUUGGAGGUAACAACUGUACGGGAGAUUACCAUGAAAGUAAAGAAUGUAAUCUUGGAGAUUGCAGUGUAAAGGAAAAUUGGACAAGUUGGUCAUUGUGGUCUGACUGUAGUUCUACAUGUGCUUUUGGCAAAAGAACGAGAACGAGAACUUGUUUAGAUAACAUUGAUUGCAAAGGUAACUCAACUGAGACAUCUUUGUGCUAUUCAGGAUCAUGUCCAAUUAAUGGGAAUUGGAAUGAAUGGAGUAACUGGACAAGUUGUAGUGUUAGUUGUUCAAAAGGGACUAGAAGUCGAGUCAGGUCUUGUUCUAACCCUAGUCCAAAAUAUGGUGGGUCUGGAUGUAAAGGCAACUCUAGUGAAUCUAGUAUAUGUAUUGCUCGACCGUGCCCGGUACACGGAGGGUGGUCGGUAUGGUCGAAUUGGACAGUCUGUAGCAAAACUUGUUCGUAUGGACAUAAAUAUAGGAAAAGAAUUUGUACAAACCCUACGCCUAAGUAUGGUGGUCGUAACUGUUCGGGAGCGACGUUAGAAAAAGUCGUAUGUGGCAAUAAGUCUUGUGAAGUGCGACGCGUGUGGAGUCAGUGGUCUAACUGGACUUCAUGUAGUAAAUCAUGUGGCAAUGGAACACAAAUGCGAACUCGAUUUUGUUUGGGCGAGCAAAAUAAAACGUUGUCAAAUCAAAAGUGUGAGGGCCAACAUGAAAGUGUUCGACCAUGUUUCUUGUUUCCAUGCCCUCUAGACGGUGGUUGGUCAAGCUGGUCUUCAUGGUCGACUUGUAUCGAUCCUUGUACAAAUGGGACAAGAAGAAGAAACAGAAGUUGCAGCAACCCGACCCCGAAGGACGGAGGUAAGAACUGUUCUGGUCUUGCGCAAGAAACACAGUCUUGUUUUGUGGAAGACAUCUGUGUAGGUAUCUGGUCUGGGUGGAGUGACUGGAGCAAAUGCAGUACUUCUUGCUCUAAAGGAUUCAGAAAUCGCUCAAGAAACUGUAUGAGUAAACACACGUCUAAGAAUUUCCUUUGCGUGGGUAAUUCUACAGAUAUAGAAGAGUGCGACGCAGGUGACUGCGCACUCCAGGAAGCGUGGUCAGAUUGGAGCGUCUGGACAUCAUGUAGCGCAUCAUGUUCAAAUGGUACAAAAUCCAGGAACAGAACUUGUACAUCAGUGGAAAAUAAUUGUCCAGGUCAAAGAAAUGAGACUAUUUCUUGUUUUGUUACAAACUGUACUUUUGAUGUACAAAGGAGUGUUUGGUCGAAAUGGUCUGAAUGCAUAGGAGCGUGUGGAUUUGGUAAAAGAACAAGAACGAGAAACUGUACACAGGGUGCUGUGAUAGUGAACAGUGCUCUUUGUACCGGAAAUGCGACACAUGUUGUACCUUGUAAUGUGAUGCCGUGCCCUGUCGAUGUUGAGUAUAAUCUAUGGUCGCCUUGGUCGACGUGUUCAGUUUCAUGCGGCUUAGGAAAGCAAGUAAGAUUCAGGAACUGCAGUCAAAACACUCGCACGCGUGGUAAUGAAAUGUGCAAAGAACCUGAACAAGAGGCAAGAGUUUGUUACACGCGCGCCUGCGCGAAGCCAAUUGGGUGGUCAGCGUGGUCUAACUGGACAGCAUGCUCAGUAACAUGUGGAAAUGGUAUUCAAUUAAGAUCACGUAUAUGUCAUGAUCCCACCAAAAGAAACGUUUGCAGGGGUCAGAAUUUAAUGGUAAAGAACUGCAAAGCUUCAGAUUGCGAUCACUUACGCUUUCGUCAAGUGAGCUGGUUGCCAUGGACACAGUGGAGCACGUGCUCAGCGUCUUGCGGACGAGGCCAUCAGAUGAGAUGGAGAUUCUGUUACUCUCCGAACGACAAAACUAACGCCUCUAAAUGUUCUCCUAAAGUCCCAUUCGAGGUUCAUUCUCGAAUCUGUCACGCAACUCCCUGUAACUAUAGUUCCGUCUGGACCACGUGGACCAAAUGGAAAGGCUGCAACAGGGGUUGUGGUAUUGGUAUGAGAAAAAGAGUUCGAUACUGUCUAAGCCAAGCUGUUGGCAUCAAGUGUAAAGGAAAAGCGGUGGAAAUAUCGCCGUGUAAUUCUUCGAUAUGUUCCACACCUAUCCCUCUGACGUAUCCUCCCUUCAUCACGCUAGGCUCUCCCAUACCUUGUCCAGACCCUGGUACACCUAUAAAUGGCGAACGUAAAUUCAUAGACCAGAUCCAAUUCGGCUCUUACUUCGUAUCUUACAGCUGCAACAAGCACUUUUACCUCGAAGGCCCGAAACUCCGACAUUGCGAAAGAAACAACAAGUGGUCUGACAGCUUACCAAAGUGUAUUCCGCUCUGCGGUAAGUCUUCUAAUACUGUAGCUCACAAAAGGUUGAGAAUUGUUGGAGGGGGUGCUACACUGCCUGGGGCUUGGCCAUGGCAGGUUGCGUUGGAAUUCGAUACCUUUCAGCCCGGGUUUAAUACCUUUCAUUGUGGAGGGACACUGGUUGCUGAGCAAUGGCUAGUAACUGCAGCCCACUGUGUUGUGUAUAAAGACAGCCAUAUUCCAUAUCAUGGAGUAAGAGUCUACUUAGGUGUUCAUGACAUCACAAAAAGACACUGGGAUUCCAACGUGCAAAUAAUCCCGAGCGCAGAAAUCAUUGCUCAUCCAAAAUUCAACUGGAGGACUUACGACUCAGAUAUUGCUUUAGUCAGGCUGCGUUGGAGAGUUAACAUCACUGAAUAUGUUCGUCCGGCUUGUCUUCCUAAUGGCUACCAAAGACGUCUUAUUAGAACACCAGGCACCAAAGGUGUCAUGCUUGGCUGGGGAGUAACAGAAACCAAAAAACCAGCUACAAAGUUAAGAGAGGCGUAUAUUCCAGUGGUAGACCAUAAAUCCUGUAAGAAAUCCUACGAAAAUGAAACCUGGCCCGUCACCUCGAAUAUGCUUUGCGCUGGGCUUAAAGUCCAGUCCAAGGACUCGUGUAACCGAGACAGCGGAGGGGGAUUUAUAUUCUUCGAUAAAAGAACCAGAAAAAUGAAGUGGUUUAUCGGAGGUGUUAUAAGUUGGGGCAACCCAAAAUGUGGCGUUCCGGGAAAGUAUAGUGUAUUUACGAGAAUAACUCAUGCAUAUGUUAAAUGGAUUAAGAACCAAAUGAAAAAAAAUAGCUACAAUGACACUUGAUGAUUUUUAGAUUUAGGGGAAAUAAGCCUUUUCAUAGUUUAAGAAUCUAUUCCACUGCGCAUGCGAUUUUAUCCCGAAUU